AUGAAAUUGAUUUUAGCAUUUCAAACUUGUUCAGAUGCAAAUAGUUAUAUGAUAAAUAUAUGUCGUUAUGCUUAAAACGUUUCAUUUGGAAAGAAGACAUCAUGCAAAUCGAUCUUGUUUUUCAAAACGUUAUGAAAUGAGAAAAAAUGAAUGUUCAUUUGAAAAACUGAAAAAUCUAUGGAAACAACAAUUUGAUCAAUUUAUUCUGCCUGUUCCAACAAGACGUAAUACUGGUACAAAUAGAACUACAUAUACAGAAAAAUCUACUAUCACCAAUCAGAAAAAGGAAACCCUUGAAAUGUCUCCUCAAGUAAAGAACCCUUCAAACAAUCAAUCUGAAGAAAUCAGUCAACACUUAAGCCUAUCCAAAUCAUUUAGCUCCUUUUGCUCUUCGAAAUAUGAAGUUAGAAGCUAUCAAGAUUAUGGUGAAAACUUCCUAAAAAACUUUGAAGAUAAGUAUACAUUUAGUGAUUCAUCAAAUUUAACUGGAUCAACGAUUUACCUAUAUUGUUCAACAUGCAGUCAGAUUUUCUCAUGCAGAAACAUUGAUGAAUUAAAACAACUGAAUUUACUUGAAUCUAGCUCAUCUUUAUCUUCUUACAACUUGACCUCUGAGGACGAAGAUAUCGAAAGUGAGUUUGUUUUCGACGAAUCAUUUCCAUCAUACUGGGAAUAUAUGAACCCAUCAUAUGAAUGGAUCAAAUCUUCACGUCCUGUUUCUGCACCACCAAUAUUGACUUGUUCAUCAAAGAAAUCAGCAUAACAGUUGAAACAAUAAACUAAUUCUAACCAAUAACUUUCAAUUUCAGUUCAGAUUCCGCUAACUUAUGAAAUGUUUCUUUCUUAAAAAAACAGUAGUACUUCACGCAAAUCCAUUUCCUUUUUUUCUAAAAAUAGUCU